AUGACCCCAGCCGAGACUGUGCCGGCGUCGCUGUUACGCCUGCCAUGGGAGAUUCGCAGCGUCAUCCUCAUUGACGCCUUGGAGUUCCAGCUGCGACGCGAGCCCAUCUUUGAUAGGAAGUUUAUGCGGAGCCGCGUUCGCUUAGGGAAUCUUUUCGAUGAGAGACAUCCUAAAGCCACCAAUAUCUACAUUGAAAAACCCGGGACUUGGCCGCUAGCUCUGUCAGCCAGGGCCUUACAGGCAACAAACCGGCAGCUGCGCGACGAGGUCACUCUUCUAAUCAACGAGACGUUCAAGACGGGCAAGGCAAGGGCUGCAUUUAUCCUUGACAUGAUGAUCGUCAAAGAUAUAGGCGUGUUCCCUACGUGGCUGUGUUUCCCAUACAAGACGAAGCGCAUACUCAGCCUGCGCGUGAAUCUGCGCAUUAUACGACCCGACCCGACGGCCGUGCCCGUAGAAUGGGCUGAGCUGGCGCGCUAUCCAGCAAAUAUUCAUCCCCGCUGGGGCGAGCUCAAGCCGUCCACCUUUUGGAACUUCUUUGCUGUCCUGGCCUUGAUAUCGCUGAGCCGCCUCCGUUAUGAACCAGCGGUUGAUGAGACAGGCAUCAAACCUGCAGCGGCACCGACAAACAAGCACAUGACCAGAGUGUUGGAUGCCUACCUCGUACCAAUGGAAGCGACGCCACCAGACGGAAGACCUAUUGUUCCCGGCUUGGAAGACAAGUCAAGAAACGGCCCCUUCUACAAGCAAGGGUAUAUGCAGUUCGGCCGCGAAGUGUUCCAUGACGAUACUGAUUAUUCCGAUUCUUGGGAAACUCAUGAGCUUAAUUUGAAAGAGAAAGCGGCAGGGCGGGUUGCAAGCGGCCAACUACUACAUCACGUCUGGGAGUGCAUUCCGAGAAUUACAGACUACAAAGAGGAGGAAGAUGAGCUUGCUUUGUACCAGUACGCGUUGGCGAAUAGCGUAGGCGAGGUGACGUACUCUCCGCCCGUCGGGCCUCCGCCCGUUGUGAAUACCAUGUACAUGAUGUACAAGAAUACGGAGAGUUGGAUUUCAUCGUACGAGUGCGACGGCGACUGGCGGACAAUGAACAUCUCCAAGGCAAUUGCCAAGGAGGAGGCGAGCGAAGACCCGGCUCGGGGCUACAUAGCGAUACUGCAGCUGGCGAAGCGGAGGAGAGCCCUGGGGUGGCAGGCUCAGUUUGACUUGGAGUACGAAACGUUUGAAAAAGCCAGGCGGGAAAAGGACAAGCAGCCGUGA